CGGGUGUUGAUUGUGAUCGCGCAUCCCUGGCCUCGACGACGGUUCAUCUUACGCGUCUUCUCUUUUCCACGAAGGCUUUGAUGUUACGCUUGCGAGUGCUCAUCAGAUUAGGUAGGUGAGACGGUCUGAAAUAAACAUCAACGGCGCUCUUGUCCGCAUUUUGCGGCUCUCUUUUCACUACUUUUCUUGUCCCUCCUAAAAACAACCGCUUGCGUCAUGGCGUCAGGCAACCUCAUCGACUUCGAUAUCAUCGAGGGCCACAAGGAAAACAUUCAGGCCCUCCCAAGCGGCCGGUCUGCUAAGAAGCUUGCCGAGUUGUUCUCUCCGUCGCCUCUCCAGGCACGGUCAUCCCCGGCGCCCUUGGGCAAUAAGGACAUCAAUGACGAGACACGCGCCAGAUUCGAGGCCGAACUUGCCGCCAUUUCCGAAUCGGACGACCCCCUUGACAUCUACGAUCGCUAUGUGCGCUGGACACUGGACACAUAUCCCUCGGCGCAGGCCACACCGCAGUCCCAGCUGCACACGCUGCUUGAGCGCGCAACCAAGACCUUUGUCAGCUCGGCGCAGUACAAGAACGAUCCACGAUACCUGAAGAUGUGGCUGCACUACAUAAACUUCUUCUCAGACGCACCCCGCGAGACGUUUGUAUUCCUGUCGCGGCAUUCCAUCGGCGAAACGCUCGCGCUAUUCUACGAGGAGUACGCCGCUUGGCUGGAGGGCGCCGGCCGCUGGGCCCAGGCAGAAGAGGUUUACAAGCUGGGGAUUGAGCGCGAGGCGCGUCCCGCAGCACGCUUGCUCCGCAAGUUCGGCGAGUUCGAGCAACGGCGGGCGCAGCAAGGCCAGGCCGAUGGACCGUCGUCGCCAGCGCUGCCGGCGGCGCGCCCGGCCCUUGCAGCCAAGAUUGAUCCGUUUGCUGCUGCCGCUGCAGUGCGCGACCCCCAGGCCCCGCGACAAACCAGCGGACUCGGUGCGCAGUCGUCAAAGCCUGCGCGGUCCAAGCUCACCAUCUUCUCCGAUGCCGACCAGGGAGCGACGGCGCCGGCAAUGUCGUCUAGGGGCGCAGGAUCUAAGGGGUGGGAAAGUAUUGGGUCUCUAGCCGACCGUAAGAAGGAGAACGCCAUGGAACCUAAGCCGUGGGCGGGAGAGACACUGAAAGCGGGAGGGAAAAAGAGUAGUGGAGCGAAGCUGGCUGUGUUCAGAGAUCCGUCAUUGUCUCAGCAGCUCUCUCAAUCACACAUUCCUAUCCACCAUGCCAAAGUUCAAGUAACGGUAAACCCGAGCAACGGGAAACGGGAGCGCGUGUUUGUCGACCUGCGGGUCAUUUACCCGACCCCCGAAGAGCCAGGUACCGAGUUGAGCUUCGAGGAGAUAUGGGCUGCUAACCGCGGAUGGCUUGGUCGCGAGUGGGAGAAUGAGAUCCCAGAAGAGCCACCCUCAUUCGCAGACGAAAAUGCUGCUCCUGAUGUGAAUGCUUUAGCCAACGGACUCUCUGCAAAGCUGGGAAUCUACCAUGACGUUGUCAGGCUCGAUGAGAAUGGUGCCCCUAUCUAUGAAAGGGAGGCGAAGCCCAAAAAGAAGAAGGUGAUUGAGGUUAAUGCGACACAAAUCAUCAAAGCGAAGCUGGACUCUCCUUCAGGCCCAAAGAUGAAGAAGAAGAGGCGAUCUAUGGCUGAGCCUACCAUGACGGUCCACACCAAGGCAGCGACUGAGGACAUCUACGACAUAUUCAAUGCGCCAAUCAAGCCAGCUAAUGAGGGAAUUGACGCCAGUGACGAUGAACGAGGUUACGAAUCUGACGACUACACCAGCGGUGCCGAGAGUACCGUGACGACACAGAAUUUUCCCGCAAGCGAUGCAGCUGACGACAAAGAUGAAACCGAGGCUGGUGUCGACGACGACGCUCUGGAUGCGAGGAGCGUUACCAGUGAGUGGUCGGAAUUCUCAAUGUCAAAGCACGUCCCCGGUUUUGGUGGAGACGUUACGGAGAGGAACGACACUCGGGUGUCCGAUCUGAUUGAUAUCCACGAGCCUGGUGAUGACGCCUCGGAAAAGACCGGCCCUCAGGAUUAUCAAGAGGAUGAGGAUGGCGAAGAUCCGGAUGAGCCUCCUAGGACGAGGACCAUCUUCGUGCCAAUUCCUCCAGAAGACUAUGUCCCUACACGUCGGCCAUACCGGGAUCCCGUCGAGGCGGCUAACAACCGUCUCCCCUUUAUGACCCCUAUCACGGAGAGAACUGAAACUUCUUUGGACGUUACUCUGCACGGCAAGACGCCUUGUAGGAGCCAUGACAGGGUACUUCCGCUCGAGGAGGAAGAUGAGGUGGAGGAGGACAACAUUGACCUUGGGCCACUUAGCAGUCCGGUGAGAGAGGUCGUCGAACAGGAGAUGCCCAAGGAUACAGUUCCUCAGCCACUGCUUCCGAAAGCGAAGCCCACCACGACAGCUAAACCAUUUGCUACAAAGGUGCUGGGACCCAAGGGUCCCAUUAUCAAGGAUGCUCAGUGCAAUCCGGUGGACGACGGCAUUCGGGCCGAAAUUCUUGCCAAAAUACACCCUCCGCUGAGCUCAUACGAAGGCUUCUAUGACCACCGAAACGAGAAGUCCGGGAAGGGGCCCGAGAUCCGCAAGUUUGCGAAGGCCACUGCCAAGGGCAACAGGAGCAGCACUGACAAGACACUGAACCUUGCGCCUUGGGUUGUCCUCCAAUUCCCAGACACGAAAUCCAAGUACACCAUCAAAAAAGAGCUUGGCGCAGGUGCUUUCGCGCCCGUAUAUCUUGUUGAAAGCUCACACCCAGACAAUCAUCACCCUUCGUCAGAAGAGGGCAACGACGAGAACGCGCCGGUAGCGCUCAUGGGCCGCGGCGCCUUCGCGAGCGCGCACAACCAUCGCAGCGAACGCGAGGCGCUCAAGAUGGAGGACCCCCCGACGCCGUGGGAAUUCUACAUGAUGCGGCUCGCGCACUCGCGGCUCGGCCCGCAGCACCGUGCGGCGGCCUCCAUCUCGCCUGCGCUCGAGAUGCACCUGUACCAAGACGAAGGCUUCCUCUUCCUGCCCUACCACCCGCACGGCACCCUGCUCGACGUGGUCAACCUCUUCCGCGGCGAGGCCUCGGGCGUCAUGGACGAGCAGCUGGCCAUGUUCCUCGCCAUCGAGCUCCUGCGCACCGUCGAGGCGCUGCACGCAAAGCAGCUGCUGCACGGCGACAUCAAGGCCGACAACUGCCUUUUGCGGCUGUCGGAUCCCCUGGACAUGAACAUGAACAAUAACGAGCAGCAGCAGCAGCAGCAACUCUCGGUCAAAUGGCACCGGUCCGGCAGCGGCGGAUGGUCCGCGCGGGGGAUCACGCUCAUCGAUUUCGGGCGGGCGAUUGACAUGCGGGCGUUUGCGCCCCACACGCAGUUUGUGGCCGACUGGAAGACGUCGGCGCAGGACUGCGCCGAGAUGCGCGAGGGCCGGCCCUGGACCUGGCAGAUUGACUACCACGGCCUGGCGGGGACCUUGCAUUGCUUGCUGUUUGGCAAGUACAUUGAGACGGUGCGUUGCGAUGCCGGCGGCCUGCCCGGGGCGGCCGGCAGGCGCUACAAGAUCCGCGAGAGCCUCAAGAGGUACUGGCAGACCGAUAUCUGGGCUGAGUGCUUCGAUCUGCUCCUCAACCCGGGCGCGCAUGUUCAGGCUGAGGAUGGUGGGAAGAUGCCCGUUCUGAGGGGCAUGCGGGCCGUUAGGGAGAAGAUGGAGGCGUGGCUUGAGGGGAACUGCGAGAGGGGGGUUGGGCUAAGGGGGUUGAUGGGCAAGGUGGAAGCUUGGGCGAGGGGGAGGAAGUGA